GCUGCUGCUGCUGCUGCUGCUGCUGCUGACGGGAGGAAUCAAGAAGGCCUCGACGGGCGAGGGCUUGUUAGGGGGAGGAGGAAAUGCUGCUGACAUUUUUUGUAGGGGGGUAAGGGUGUUGUUUGUGUUAUGUGUCUGGAUACAUGGACUGAAAGCUGAGGACUAGAGACGGAUGCGUGGCUUGGACAAAAGAUAGAUUGAUGGAUUAAUGGACUGAUGGAUGGAUGCGUGGGAGGGCUGGUUUGGACUGGUUUGGUUUGGCUUUGUUUGGGUGGUGCAUCACUUUACGAUACCCCGUGGCCGGCUUUGGCUACCGAAGCAUGAUCGUUUUUUUUAAUUCUUCUCUUGUGUGUUGUGUUUUGUGUGUAGUUGUUUUGUGGGGUGGCUGGUCUGGUUUGCGUUGUGUUGCAUGAUAUGUUC